UUACUGGACGUCGUAUGCUUACAACACUCAACAGCUAUUAAUUAAGGAGUAAAAGCGCAAAUAAUACUUCGCCUUCGGUGUUGAAGAAACAUUUCCCUUUAAAAUAUCUACGAUCAGACAUCAAUAUUUUCUGCUGACUGUCCUUUAUUCAUGCAUGUAUGUUUGUAAUCAGUUCAACAUGGUAAACGGUUUUCUGCUUUGGAUUUUAAUUGCCUUCUGUUUACUUGUGUUACAAGUUUCCGCAAGCAGUACCAGUCAUCCAUGCUUACGAGAAUGUAUUAAUCCACCUGAGCAGAAAACGUGCCAUUACACUUUCACAAUUGAAGCUUACUAUGUGUUGUCCCGGGCUUGCUUUGAUUGCCCUCUCAACAAGAGUGACUGCUUUAAGCCACAGUGUAUACCAUUAAAUGGGGUAAAGAGAUCCAUUAUGACCGUUAAUAGGCAGACUCCUGGUCCCAGUAUCGAGGUGUGCGAAGGUGAUACGAUAAUAGUAGAUGUGAUAAACCGUUUACGAAAUGGUGAAGGAGUUAGCAUUCACUGGCAUGGUUUCCACGUACGAAACGAGCAGUAUAUGGAUGGUGUCGGCAUGUUGACUCAGUGCCCUAUACCAGUCGGGGAUAAUUUUACAUACAAAAUUAAUGCAUCGAAUCCUGGCACUCAUUGGUGGCAUGCACACACAGGUAUGCAGAGAGCAGAUGGCAUUUACGGUGCACUUACUGUGAGGCAGCCACGAGAUGUGGAACACAACAGUGACACAUAUGAUUUUGACUUAUCUGAACAUAAGAUGUUACUUUCUGAUUGGCUGGACAUGCCAGUGCUCGAUAAAUUCAUUGCCCAUCAUCAUAGCAAUGGAAAUAAUAAACCCGAGGCGUUUCUUAUCAAUGGAAAAGGCAAACGAGAAGGUUUUGUGGAUCCAAUGUCGAAUAAAACGAUCUACAUGGAACGCGAGGUGUUUAUAGUUGAAAAAGGAUCAAGGUAUCGAUUUCGUUUGGUCAGUAAUGCAAUUACAAAUUGCCCGCUGAAGAUUUCUAUAGACUCACACAAUAUCACGGUUAUUGCGAGUGAUGGUUCACCAUUUGAACCUUUUGAAACCGAAAUUCUUGUUAUUUAUGGCGGGGAACGGUUCGAUAUCGUCAUUAAUGCUGAUAACACUGUUGGUAACUAUUGGAUAAGAGCAAAGGGCUUGGCAGAUUGUAGAAAGGUGCGUGAGUUUGCAAUCUUGCGCUACAAAGGCAGUCCAAAUAAAGAACCGGAGGAAGACGAAACAUUGGAUCCUCAAGGAUUAACACUGAAUCCUUGGAAUGAGGAAAUGUCAGAUUUAAACAUACCUUACUUUUUAAUGAACUCUACAGAAACAAAUGAUGUUACACUGGAAAGAGUUGACUACACAUACUAUUUGGGUAUGGAUUUCAACAAGGUUAACAACUCCCAUUUCUAUGAUCCAAUGUACUACCCAUUGAGCGUGGUUCCACGUUCCCAUCAUCUUUAUUCACCCCAACUGAACGGUGUUUCGUUUGCCUUGCCUUCGGUCCCACCUCUCAGUCAGUAUGAUGAUGUCAUUGCGAGUGGCACUAAUUUAUGUACGCCAGAAGAUGUUGAAAAACUCGAUUGCUUCCAAAAAUUCUGUGAAUGCACACAUAUUAUUCACGUUGAAAUUGGAAAGGUGGUGGAGUUCGUAAUAAUUGACGAGGGUGCGACCUUUGACGCUAGUCAUCCAAUGCACCUGCAUGGUCACUCGUUUCGCGUGGUAGGUCAAAGGAAACUAGGAAGGGAGACCAGCGUUAAAGAAGUCCAGGAAAUGGAUCUGGCAGGUAAUAUCUCUCGCAAACUGGACAAAGCCCCUAAAAAAGAUACCGUGAUCGUACCAGAUGGAGGUUUUACAAUCAUCCGAUUCCUUACUGAUAAUCCUGGAUGGUGGUUCUUUCAUUGUCAUCUUGAGUUUCAUAUUGAGAUUGGUAUGUCCAUUGUAGUACACGUGGGCAAUCAGACCGACCUUCCUCCCAUUCCUGAUGAUUUCCCAACAUGUGGUACGUCAUGUAAAAAACAUAAUCUUGGAUCAAAACCCAACAAUGCAACAUGCGAGACCAACAAGGCUGUGAUACAUCAGGACGUUCUGAAAAUAAACGUCGUUGUUUUUUUGUUCACCUCUUUUUACCUAUAUAUAUCUUGAUUUUAUUACUAACAUGAGGCAGGUCCUAUUCUAAGGAAUUUUCAAUAUUGCACCCCCAUAUCAAGUGUCAAUAGAUAUACCUUUUUUUAUACAUUACAACACAGAAAUAGGUUUAUAUAUUAAUAACGUUUGGUGAUUUUUAAUUGCUGCUAAUUAUGUUACGUUAAAAUGCAUACUAAUACAAAACAUUACUUUUUGAA